GAAGAGCAAGAAGGUUUCAGGGAGAAACACUUCCUUCUUCGUGGAGGAGGAGGAGAAGCCGGGACUAAAGAGCUUUCUUUUCAGGAAUCUUCUGUUGUGUCUGAGACAGCGCUGCAGCAGGGAAAGAGAAGAGAGCCCGAGACCAUGGGGCCGCCCCGACGGACAAGAAUGCCAAUGGAGGCAACAGCAGCUCUGAGUUUGGUGGUGAUCGCACUUGCGUUCGCUGCACAGGUCGAGGCGUCGCCUUACGAGUACAAGUCUCCACCCCCGCCUGUUUACGAGACUCCUGCUCCAGUCUACAAGUACAACUCCCCGCCGCCCCCGGUAUACAAAUAUAAGUCACCUCCUCCCCCCGUCUACCACUACAGCUCGCCACCACCGCCGGUUUACAAGUACAAGUCGCCACCACCACCUGUGUACCAUGCCCCGGCUCCUGUUUACAAGUACGAGUCGCCCCCCCCACCGGUUUACAAGUACAGCUCCCCUCCACCGCCGGUCUACAAAUAUAAGUCGCCACCACCUCCUGUGUACCACGCCCCGGCUCCUGUUUACAAGUACAAGUCACCUCCUCCCCCCGUCUACCACUACAGCUCGCCACCACCGCCGGUUUACAAGUACAAGUCACCACCACCACCUGUGUACCACGCCCCGGCACCAGUUUACAAGUACAACUCGCCACCACCCCCAGUUUACAAGUACAGCUCGCCACCACCACCUGUUUACAAAUACAAGUCGCCACCACCACCUGUGUACCACACCCCGGCUCCUGUUUACAAGUACGAGUCGCCUCCUCCGCCGGUGUACAAGUACAGCUCCCCGCCGCCACCGGUCUACAAAUAUAAGUCGCCACCACCACCUGUGUACCACGUCCCAGCGCCGGUUUACAAGUACGAAUCUCCUCCGCCACCGGUGUACAAGUACAGCUCUCCGCCACCACCAGUCUACAAGUAUAAGUCGCCACCACCACCUGUGUACCACGCCCCUGCUCCAGUCUACAAGUACAAAUCUCCUCCGCCACCGGUGUACAAGUACAGCUCGCCACCACCACCGGUUUACAAAUACAAGUCGCCUCCUCCACCUGUUUACCACGCCCCGGCUCCAGUCUACAAGUACAAAUCCCCGCCACCACCGGUGUAUCACUACAGCUCCCCGCCACCACCUGUUUACAAGUAUAAGUCUCCACCGCCGCCUGUUUACCACGCUCCCGCCCCAGUCUACAAGUAUAAGUCACCGCCGCCACCUGUUUACCACUACAGCUCCCCACCACCCCCGGUUUACAAGUACAAAUCUCCUCCUCCCCCUGUCUACCACGCUCCAGCACCGGUUUACAAGUAUAAGUCUCCGCCGCCACCGGUCUAUCACUACAGCUCCCCGCCACCACCGGUGUACAAGUACAAGUCGCCACCACCGCCUGUGUACCACGCUCCAGCACCGGUUUACAAGUAUAAGUCGCCUCCUCCACCUGUUUACCACUACAGCUCGCCACCACCGCCGGUCUACAAGUACAAAUCCCCGCCACCUCCUGUGUACCACGCCCCGGCUCCAGUUUACAAGUAUAAGUCACCACCGCCUCCGGUCUACAAGUACCAAUCCCCGCCUCCACCGGUGUACCAUUCCCCAGCGCCGGUUUACAAGUACCAGUCUCCUCCUCCUCCUGUUUAUUAGCUCGUCGCAAGCUAGAGGCACACGCAUAAGGUAGAAGAUGACAACAAGUGCUGCAGGAUUUUCCUUGAAAUAAGGACACGCGUGGCUGCAGUGGAAACGGAGCUGCUGCACAGAAAAAGAGAGAUGUGAGAACGCGAGUGUAUAUAGAAAACUGGACAAAAAGAAAACAAAGAAGCAUCAUCACAGGAGGCCAUCCACGAAGUGUUCAGGGAUUCUUUCGAGGGUUGGACGUUACCUUGGUUCAUCCCGGUUUUUCAUAAAAUAAGCUCGACGAGGGCGCAAUGUUUUUUUCUUC